AUGAAGCUUAUAGCACCAUUUAUUCUCAUGUUGUCAGCCCUUCGUUUGGCAAUGCUCCCUCACAUAGCGUAUGCUGAUUGUAGCACUGUAAACGGUGGCUUUGCAUCUACCUUCGUCGUAGACAAAUCUGGUGGUGGAAAUUUUAACACCAUUCAAUCUGCCAUCGAUUCCAUUCCUCCAAACAAUGGUCAAUGGAUAAAAAUUCAAAUUAAUACCGGUGUCUACAAGGAGAAGGUAACCAUUCCAAGAGAGAAGCCUUGUAUUGUUCUUGAAGGACAAGAUCGAAGUGUCACAACCAUUACCUUUGACGCCCAUGAAGGAACAGAUACUAGUACUACUUUCACCUCCAAUGCCGAUAAUAUAGUUGCCAAGGGCCUCACUUUCAAGAACUCGUAUAACCAUGCGUUGCUGCUAAAACAUCUGUCAAGCGACGGAUCACUUCCCCCUAUAACACAGGCACUUGCAGCAAGAAUCCUAGGUGAGAAGUCUGCAUUUUUCGAGUGUGGUUUUUUGGGGUUGCAAGAUACGCUAUGGGACGGACGAGGCCGCCAUUACUUCCACAAGUGCUAUAUUGAAGGGGCAGUCGAUUUUAUAUGGGGUCGUGGCCAAUCUUUCUAUGAGGAGUGCUCAAUAAAUGUGACUGCUGGUGCAUAUUCUUCAGAACGUCGUCAAGGCUAUAUAACAGCUCAGGGUAGAGAAUCAUCAGAGGAUCCUAGCGGUUUUGUGUUUAAACGAGGAAAAAUCUUUGGAACUAUGCAAGCUUAUCUAGGAAGAGCCUAUCGUCCUUAUUCUAGAGUGAUAUUUCAGGACACAACAAUGAAUUCAGUGGUGGUUCCUGAAGGGUGGUAUGCCUGGAACUACGCUGGAAAAGAAGAAAAUUUUACCUACGCUGAGGUGAACUGUAAAGGACCAGGAUCUGACACUUCCAAACGUGUUCCAUGGGAAAAGAAGCUUAAUCCAUCCCAACUGAAAGAAUUUUCGUUAUCGUCGUUCGUAAACCAAGAUGGAUGGAUCGGCAGAUUGCCAGAAAAUUAA